GUGUAUAUAAGAACAGGUCUUUCUCUCACUCAGUAUCUCCACAGGAAGUCACAGUAUUCCUCCUGUUAAAGGUUAACAUACUCUUCAACAUCUGCAUCAUCUCCACCACGAGGAUGCUGACUGCGACGCUACUUGUUUGUGCCAUGAUGGCUCUGACUGGAGCUAAUGAAGACCCCUCUAUCAACAGCACUUCAUUGAUCAUCAACAGAGAUGAGUCUUGUCCCAGUAACUGGAAGAAGUUUAAUGAUCGCUGUUUCAACUUUGUUCCAAGAAGCUUGAGUUGGGCCACGGCUGAGAAAAACUGUCAGUCCAUGGAUGCAAACCUUGCAUCAGUACACAGCAUUGAGGAGUACCAUUUCAUUCAGAGUGUGAUACAGGACAACACUGCACAGGAUCAAGAAACAUGGGUUGGAGCUUCAGAUUGCCAAGAGGAAAAUGUUUGGUUGUGGAGUGAUGGUUCAGUUUUCAAAUUCAGUAACUGGUGUCAAGGACAGCCUGAUGAUACUGAGAACAGACAGCGCUGUUUACAGAUUAAUUAUGGAGAUGGCAAAUGCUGGGAUGAUAACGGCUGCUCCAAUUUACGUCCAUCGAUCUGUGCCAGAAAGGCCCAAUAAAUCCUGAUGUGACACAGAGAUAUGCAUCCAGUGCACACACACAUACACAUUUGGUGGAGGAGUGAUUGUGUGAAUGUUGCACUGUCGUCUGUGUUUUUAUCAACUGUGUCAUUUAUUCAAAAUUAAAAGAUUCAAGCAUAAAACAA